CUUCUCCUCCCACCACCACCCCUCGGCAUCGCCCCGCGCUUCGCUCCUGUACGAAACCGUGCCCCGUACUCAUACCGUGCCCGAUUUCGUCAGUCCUCCCUCCCUCAUAUCAAUUGCUCCCCUCGGUCGUAUCUCCGUGUGUGUAGACUCUCCCAGCCAGACACCGAGUGCUAGCAGCACCACCACCACCCCAGAUCCUCCAUCCCCCCCUCUCCCUCCACAACACCCACACCGACCGCUAACACACACCAUGUCGUCGCUUCUAGCGCUAUCCAAACAAUACCUCGUGGACGCCAUCAAGUCGUACCAGAAACUGGGGGCGUUGACGUCGCUUAUCAUUGACGAGUCCAUCGAGCCAACCCUCUACCGUAUCGUGCCCAAGGAGUCCUUGCUCCGGUACGUGACGCUGGUCGAGCUCAUAGACGCCCCGCGCAAGAUCCAGCCGUUCAUCGAGGCCAUCUAUCUCGUGCCGCCCACCCAAUUCAACUUGAAUUGCAUGGCGGCAGACAUUUCCGUCCGUCGCUACAAACAUCUCCAUGUGUUGUUCCUGGCGCUGCCGGGCGCUGAGUUCCGCCGUUUGGUCGACCUGUCGCCACCGGGGACCUUUGCCAGUGUGUCGGUGUUGCCCCUCACCUUCUUCCCCGUCGAGGCCCAGGUGUUUGUCAAUGACACCACCACCCCGAAUUCCAUGCCCAUAUACUAUAACGAAAACUGUAGAGACUUGGUGAUGAAACAAAUCAAUGCCGCCGCCAAGCUGUUGGUGUCGGUGAUGGCCAUCACGGGCGAGUACCCGUUGAUCCGGUACUACCUGUCGCAGGAGGCAACCCAUCCAGCGUCACGGCUCCCGGAACUCAUUGCCAAUGAGUUCCAGAUCCAGAUUGAUAAUUAUGCUCGUGAGAAUGAAAACUUCCCUCCCGCCUUGGACAAACCUCGGUCCAUCUUGCUCAUCACCGAUAGAACCAUGGACUUGUAUGCUCCAUUGCUCCAUGAGUUCCUGUACCAGGCCAUGGCCAUGGACAUUGUCAAGUCCUUGGAACGUGAGGGCGUCUACCGGUACGAGUCCGAGAACGAAAAGGGGGAACAUGCCGCCGUGACGGUCCGGUUGGACAAUGAACUGGACCUCGACUGGUUGGCGUUACGUCACCUCCAUAUCAUUGAGCUGUCGGAAUUGAUCAUUGCCAAGAUCAACGACCUUAUUGCCAAGAACCCCCUUAUGGUCAACCGACUGGAGGCCACCACUUCAACAGACUUGAUGUACAUUGUGGCGCAUCUCAAGGGCUUUGAUGAGGAAAGGAAGCAAGUGACCCUCCAUAAGUCACUCAUUGACGCGUGUCUUGACAUCAAUGGAGAACGUAAAUUGGCGGAAUUUGCCGCUGACUUUGAACAAACAUGUGCCGCUGGUGGCACCUCCUUCGAAGGGGUACGUAACAAGCAGCUUGCCAACGAUUUGAUCGACUUGUUGGCGCGUGAAGACCUUCAUGUCAAUGACAAGAUGCGUCUUGUUCUCAUCUACGCGUUAUACCGUGGAGGACUCAUUGAGGAUGAUUUCAAGAAGUUGGUCAAGUUCAUUGGACUCCGUGAUGGUCAGACCACGUCGGUGAUCUCCCGUUGUUUCACCAACCUCCACAAGUUGGGGUUCCCCGUGGUCAAGCCAGACGUCAAGAUCAAACGCAUUGACAAGAAGGAGUUCCAUACCAUCAACAACGAGGGCACCUUCAACACGUCUCGGUUCGGUCCAGGAGUCAAGCUGGUGGUUCUGGCCGCCAGCAAGUACCAGCUUGAUGAGACUUGGUUCCCUUACUUCAGAGACAAGCCAUUAGAGGAGGAGACUUCAUCCACCGGUUCUUCUGGUGGGGUCCCUGGUUCUAGUUCCAACUCCGGCUCAGCUCCUGGUUCGCUUAGAAACCCACGGAUCAAAGCCUCAUGGGCACAAUCCUCCACCAAGGUAUCACUGGGACUCUCCCGUCCCAAGCAAAGGAUCUUCUGCUACGUGGCCGGGGGAAUGACCUACUCGGAAAUGCGGUCCGUUUACGAGCUCACCCAGGGCUCCAACAACACCCGUGAGUACUUCAUCGGGUCUGAAUCGAUCCUCAAGCCUCGAGACUUUCUUAUCGGGCUCCAGGACAUCGACACCGAGAAGACUCGUGCCGAUCUCGACUUGAAUGUCGACAAGAUGAGCCGCAAACCCACCAAGGCUCCACUGCAUCUCCUGGAGGUCCCUGCGCCCAAACCAGCGCCGGGCCAGCAUCUGCAGCUGAUGAGCGCCAUGGGCGGGCAGCACGGUCCGUCGCCAGCCUCACAACAACAACUGCUGCUGCUGCUCGCGGCUGGACGGCGUCUGCUGGUGCCACUGCACUACCAAACACGUUUGGGGUCACAGGGCGCGUCGAUGGACGGCCCGGCACUGAUGAGCCUGGGCGAAUCGAAGGAAAAGAAAAAGAAGUCGCGGUUGAAGAGCUUGUUUAAGUAAAACGUGUGUAUUAGUUCACUUACCAUAGACCCCCAAAGAGAAUCCUACUAGAGAUAUCGUGAUGUAGAACAGGUUCUGGACACC